CAGAAUCAAUAAUCGAAGAAGAAGUUAGUGACGGAAGCGUAGGGUUUGGAUCCAAGUGAAAUAUACUAACAAUUACAAAAUAAAUACCAUUAUUGACGUGGCCAGGGAACAACAAACAGGGUCCCGUUCAUCCGGAUCUGUCACCCUUCGCCACCGGCGGGAGGAUGGCGUUUGUGACCGCGAACUGGAACCCGCUUGGGGAGGCGUUUUACAGGAAAAUCGAGCUGUAUGAGAUGGGAUGGAAUCUAAAAGAUGGUCUGAGGGACUGUCUUAUUUCCGCCGCACCCUAUGGGGGACCCAUUGCCCUUCUCCGGGAGCCUCAGAGACGUUCUCCCAGUGCCAGACCUCAGCUGGAGAUUUACUCUGCCUCUGGGUCCUCCCUGGCAGGCUUUGUGUGGAAGAGUGGUGUUGUGAAGCAUCUAGGCUGGACGGUGUGUGAUGAUCUGUUGUGCAUUCAGGAGGAUGGCACAGUGCUUAUCUAUGACCUGUUUGGUAGCUUCAAAAGACACUUCAGCAUGGGCAAUGAUGUUGUUCAGAAUCAGGUGGUGGAAGCUAAAGUGUUUCACUCACCCUAUGGAACUGGAAUUGCCAUAAUCACAGGAGCAUUCCGGGUCACCUUGGCAACAAACAUUGAGGAUCUAAAGCUGCGGAGGCUUCCUGAAGUCCCAGGCCUGCAUGAGGCGCCCUCCUGUUGGGCCGUAUUGACUCAGGACAGACAGAGCAAAGUGCUUCUGGCAUACGGAGCAGACCUCUUCAUACUGGACAACACUGCCUGCACUGCAGUGACACCUCCUGGUCUGUCUCCUCAGGCCACCAGCAUAGUGAGCAUGGCCGUGUCUUUCAGCUAUAAGUACCUGGCCCUCUUCACGGACUCUGGCCACGUGUGGAUGGGCUCAUCCAACCUGAAGGACAAACUGAGCGAGGUAGAGACUAAAGUGAGAACCCCCCCUAAACAAAUGACCUGGUGUCGGAGACCAAAGAGUGAGCAGCCCUCAGUGGUCAUUAUGUGGGACCGGCACCUCCUGGUGGCCGGCAAGUGUAGAGACACCAUCCAGUAUCACCUGGACGAUGACUCUGUGCUGGUCCCAGAGCUGGAUGGGGUUCGCAUCAUCAGCAGCACACACCACGAGCUGCUACAGGAAGUGCCAGCUGCGUGUGAGGCGAUCUUUAAGAUAGCUUCCAUGGCUCCUGGGGCCUUGCUUCUAGAGGCUCACAAAGAGUAUGAGAAACAGAGCCAGAAGGCAGAUGAGUACCUGCGUGAGAUUAAGGAGCAAAGCCUGCUGGGAGAAGCUGUGCGGCAGUGUGUGGAGGCAGCAGGACAUGAGCACGAACCAGAGACCCAGAAAACACUGCUGAGGGCUGCCUCUUUCGGGAAGUGUUUUCUCAGUAAUUUCCCUCCUGAACAGUUUGUGAGCAUGUGCAGAGACCUGCGUGUACUCAACGGCGUCCGUGACUACACUGUAGGGAUCCCCCUCACACACACACAAUUCAGACAGAUGACCGUGCAAGUUCUUAUUGACCGGCUGGUGUACCGUAAGCUGUACCCACUGGCUAUUGAGAUCUGCCGCUACCUCAAGAUCCCUGAAUAUCAGGGAGUGAGCAGAGUACUGAAACACUGGGCCUGCUGCAAGGUGCAGCAGAAGGAGGAGGCGGAUGAGGUGGUGGCGCGGGCGGUGAGCAUCAAGCUGGGCGAGGCAGCAGGCAUCUCAUACUCUGAGAUCGCCACCAAAGCCUACGAGUGCGGACGCACCGAACUGGCCAUCAAGCUGCUGGAGUUUGAGCCUCGCUCUGGAGAGCAGGUCCCCCUCUUACUGAAGAUGAAGCGCAGCCAGCUGGCUCUCAGCAAAGCUAUUGAGAGUGGAGACACUGAUCUGGUGUACACAGUGGUGACCUACCUGAAGAACGAGAUGAACCGCGGUGAUUUCUUCAUGACCCUGAGAAACCAACCAGUCGCCCUUAGUCUCUACAGACAGUUCUGUAAACACCAAGAACAGAACACUUUGAAAGACCUCUUCAACCAAGAUGAUGACCAUCAGGAAUUAGGGAACUUCUAUGUGAAGGCCAGCUACAAAGAGAAGCGGUUGGAGGCCCGAUUGUCUCUACUACAGAGUGCUGUAGAUGAAUACAGUAAAGCAAAGAACGAGUUUGCUGCCAAGGCGACAGAGGAGGAGAUGCGGCUGCUUCGUUUCCAGAGGCGGCUGGAGGAGGAUAAGGGCGAGCACCUGAUGGGCAUGAGCCUGCAGGACUCCAUGCAGAUCCUGCUCUCCGUGGGCCUCCACAAGCAGGCCGAGCAGCUCUACAAGGACUUCCGGGUCCCCGACAAGAGGUACUGGUGGCUGAAGCUUACUGCCUUGGCUGAUAAGGAGGACUGGGAGGAACUGGAGAAAUUUGCAAAGAGCAAGAAAUCUCCUAUUGGAUACCUGCCUUUUGUAGACGUGUGUGUGAAGAGACAAAAUAAAUAUGAGGCCAAGAAAUAUGUGUCAAAGGUGACGCCAGAGCAGAAGGUGAAAGCUCACCUGGCAAUUGGUGAUCUGGAGGGCGCUGCAGAUGCGGCCAUUGAGCGGCGGAACGAGGGGGAGAUCAGCACCGUGCUCUCCCGCUGCUCGACCACCACGGACCGCGCCGUGGUGGAGCGCCUCAACCGCGCCCGCUCUGGUGCCACCAAGAAGUGACCCCCCCUCUGUCAUCUCCCUUAAAGGGGAGCUCUCGACUGGCACUAAGUGCAGCUUCUAUCUCCGCCUUAUAGGAAUUCUUGAAAUGGAGCCGUCCUGAAAGCAUUUCUGAAAGAAGGUUCCAGACAAAACAAACAAACUGUGAAUUGAUGGCUGAACUGAGAGGAACAAAGUACCCCAAAGCCCACUGAUGGUCUAUGGCUCGACUGCGUACAGCUUACCCCAGUCCUGACCUUACACUCGUCCCUAAUGGGAAAGCAUGUAUGUUCAUGUUGUGUGUCAACUUGUUUUACUUUAUUUUGUACAGCAUCUCAAAUCUAGGCAUUGAUGAAGCAUAGACAUGAGCACUUCCCCCAUACCUACACAUAGUGGCUUCUCGUCUGCUGUAACGACUGUCUUUAUAAUAGUCUACCAUACAAUGAGGUAUUGUAUCAUUAAACAUUAUAUGUGCUCUUA